UGAUAAACCGAAAAUUUCUCCACAUCAUUUGUGCGCCGUCACAUCGUCUUGAUUUCUAUACUUCCUCAUACAGUUUCAAUUUAAAAAGGAGGAGCAUGUUGUCUGCUAUCGGUUGACAGUGAUUAUUGAUUAUGAACGUAUCGAUUUUCCUGCGUACUUCGCUAUCAUUCCGCGCCUUGUUGCUCGCCGCGUCCCACAUCAGACCCAUCCAGGCCAAGGUUGAAUUCUCCUCAACAGACACCUGUGAUUCUCGUAAUUCCCCGGAUUCCUGUGGCAGAAUGUCGGCCAACGAGGGAGAGAACUGGAAACACGCCAAAUCCAUCUACGAGUUCCACGCCACCGACAUCGACGGCAAUGAUGUCUCCAUGGAGAAAUAUCGCGGAAAAGUGCUGAUCAUUGUCAACGUGGCCUGCAAAUGCGGAUUCACCAACGAUCACUACACGGAGCUGGUGGCGCUGCACGACAAAUACCGCGACCAGGGCUUGUCCAUUCUCGGAUUCCCGUGCAACCAGUUCAUGGGACAGGAGCCGGGUUCGGAGGCGGAGAUUAAGGAUUUUAUUGCGCAGUACAACGUCGGCUUCGACAUGUUCGCCAAGGUGGACGUCAACGGCGCCAAGACGCAUCCGCUGUGGAAGUACCUCAAGGACAAACAGGGCGGCACCCUCCUCGAUGCCAUCAAGUGGAACUUCACCAAAUUCAUCGUGGACCGCCACGGACAGCCGGUGGCGCGUCAUAGCCCGCAAACUAAGCCGAAGGAAAUGGAGAAGGAACUGGAAAAGUAUCUGAAUACGGCGGCAUAAAAAUCACGGGAUAUUUCCUAUUUUAUUGACAAUAAUACUGUGUUCAUUGGCACAUUGUAUGUGGUAAUUAACAGUUUUAAUAUAAUGUUCAGUUUUUCCUUUUGAGUGAUUUUACUGGUGUGGGAAUAAAUGUCGUUUCAAAUAG